AUGGGCCGUCCAAGACUCAUCAUCCUCAUUAGACACGCCCAGUCGGAGGGUAACAAAAGCCGUGAAAUCCACCAGACUGUCCCUGAUCACCGUGUCAAGCUCACCUCCGAUGGCUGGAUACAAGCCCGCGAAGCCGGCCGCCGGCUCAGGGCCAUGCUGCGGCCCGAGGACACCCUGCAGUUCUUCACGUCUCCCUAUCGCCGGACCCGAGAGACGACCGAGGGUAUCCUGGAGACCCUGACCGCGGACGAUCCGGAACCCUCACCCUUCCCUCGCCAGAAUAUCAAGGUGUACGAAGAGCCCCGCCUGCGGGAGCAAGACUUUGGCAACUUCCAACCAUGCAGUGCCGAAAUGGAGCGCAUGUGGCAGGAGCGCGCAGAUUACGGUCACUUCUUCUAUCGCAUACCGAACGGCGAGAGUGCCGCUGAUGCCUACGACCGUGUGUCGGGCUUCAACGAGAGCUUGUGGCGCCAGUUUGGCGAGGACGAUUUCCCCAGUGUCUGUGUUUUGGUCACCCACGGACUCAUGUCUCGUGUUUUCCUGAUGAAGUGGUACCACCACACUGUCGAGUACUUUGAGGAUCUGCGCAAUGUCAACCACUGCGAGUUCCUCAUCAUGAGGAAGAUGGAGAGUGGCAGCUACAACCUUGAGACUAAGCUGCGAACCUGGUCGGAGCUGCGACAGGAGCGCGCUGCCUUGAAAGCCAAAGAGGAAGAAGCAGCCGGCACCAAGAAGGACGGCAAGCCCGAGCAGAAGGUGGUUCCGGCACCAACGCCACGAAAAUGGGGCGGCUGCCCGCAAGGAUGCGCCCAUGGUAAACAUUUCAAGAUUCGCAGAGACUUAUUGGAGCUACGACAGUACGAUGAGAGCUGCGCGAUGCAGGUUAACGCUCACCUCACCACAAACGGCAGCAAUGGCCUCUCGACCCGUAGGGCGGGACCUAGGAGGCUCAUGCCCAACAACUCGGAUGAGGACUCGGACGAUCCUCGCGGGCACAUCCCGCCAGAGAUUGACGUGAGCCGUGCUCGGGACGAGCUCGUAUCCUCCCCUGAUGGCACGCCGUCGUACAUCUCCCUCGAGGACCGGCUGCGCUCCACUCAGACGCCACAGCUCAAGACUCACUACCUGCACGUGGGACGAGAUGGUGGCGGUACAUACUCGGGCCACGCGAGCGAGGAAGAGAUUUCCGAGCGCGAAAUCUCUGAAGAGGACGCCCGCAGACGUCUCGCCAGCAAGGUUGAGAGAGCCAAGAACCGCGAGCGGAGUGGUCUCAACGGUACCAAAUCGGCAGCACAUACGGCACGAGUAGCGCACGCCCCUAGACUGGGUGACGCGCCAAACAAUGACGACGGAGCUUCCGAUGGCGAUGCUUCGGAAGACGAGCUGGCUGCGGUUGAGGAAGAAGAGCGAAGUGUCAGAGGAAGUGUGUACUGA